UAAACCCUCCGCAGUCCCCCUUCUUCUUCCCCUCCUCCUGCUUUCUCUUACUCUGUUUUGAUUAUUAUCGAUUAUUCAGAGCUUUUUCCGUUUUUUAUCCUUCCGCAUUGAGCCUCGCCUUGUUUUGCCUGCAUAUUCCGAAGGAAUAUUUUUUUCCAAAUGGCCUACGAGAAUCUGUAUCAUAAGGAGCAGAGGUCGUCGAAGGUGGAUUGCCUAAUCUUUGAUCUUGAUGAUACUUUAUACCCUCUGAGCUCUGGCCUAGCUGGCGAGUGCCUCAAGAACAUUGGAGAGUAUAUGGUGGAGAAGCUUGGGAUUGAGAGGAGUAAGGUCUCAGAGCUAAGCAACCUGCUUUAUAAGAACUAUGGGACAACCAUGGCGGGAUUGAGGGCAAUUGGCUAUUCUUUCAACUACGAUGAUUAUCACAGUUUUGUGCAUGGGAGGUUACCUUAUGAGAAGCUGAAGCCGGAUCCUAUCCUUAGGCAUCUUCUACUUAGCCUGCCAAUUCGCAAAGUUAUAUUCACCAACGCAGAUAAAGUUCAUGCCGCCAGAGUACUGAGCAAGCUUGGUUUGGAGGAUUGUUUUGAAGGAAUUAUAUGCUUUGAAAGCCUGAAUGAUCCGAACUACGAAUUGUGUGGUUCGAACAAUCUAUUCGAUAUUUUGGAGCACUCGGCCAGGCCUAUCGCCGGUGCAGAACUCCCAAAGACACCAAUUCUUUGUAAACCAUCGGAAUUUGCCAUGGAGCUUGCUCUUAAACUAGCUAAUAUUGAUCCUCAAAGAGCUAUAUUUUUCGAUGAUAGCGUGCGAAAUAUCCAAGCUGCUAAAAGGAUCGGUCUUGGUACAGUGCUGGUGGGUUCUUCACAUGCGGUUAAGGGCGCAGAUCACAUCCUGGAGAGUAUCCACAACAUUAGAGAGGCACUGUCUGAGCUUUGGGAAGAAGAUGAGAAGUCAGAAGAUGUGCUGUAUCAGAGCAAGAUUGCCAUAGCGACCUCGGUUACAGCCUAAUUGAUUAAUUAACCGGCUUUGUUUCCGGUUACUAUACUUACUAUAUAUUUAAGUUGGUAAAUCAGGGAAUAGAGGGAAAAAAAAAAAAUCGUUGCAGGAUUUUUGUGUCUCCCAGUUCUGAUUGUAAUAUAAAUAACUAGUUAGUUCAAAUUCUUCUUGAUUUCGUGUUGUUGCUUU